CAUUUAGCCAGCUGGGGUGUCAACGUGGAGAAACUUUCCAGGAACAGACGACUACAUUAUCUUACGUAAAACAGGUCAAAAGUAUCUCAUAUGGACGCAGUACUCCGCCGGUGCCCUUUUCUGACUGUUGCACCCAGAGUUUUCCUGCAACUGUCUGGGAAGUCAUCGCUGGUCAGCUAUGCCCAAAAAUGCCCUGUGAUGAUGGACCUGGCCUCCAUACCUCUGGCCAGAGCUCUCUCGUCUUCAGCUUCUGCAUCCCAAGGCACUCCAACAAAUGAGGAUCAAAAGCAUGAAGUAAAGUUGCCUCCAGGCCACAUCAUGCCACCUGCUGGCCAGGCUGUAGGUUCCAAAUGCCCUUUCCUGGCUGCAGAGAUGGUGCAGAAUAACAACAGGGUAGUGAGGGAAGCCAGCACGGAGCUGCAGGAGGACUUUCAAGAGAUGCACUCUUUCCGCACAGGGAAAAAUGUGGAAUUAUCGGUUGUGGAUCUUAUUGAGGCGGACAAGGUCAGCACAAAAUCACCGAAAAACCCUCUAAAACCCAUAUCAGUGUCUCAUCUCCUGAAGGAUAAUUUGCCUAAGGCUGUCACCUUCAAGUAUGACAAGUUCUUUGAGGAGAAGAUUGACAGCAAGAAGAUGGAUCACUCUUACAGGGUUUUUAAAACAGUGAACCGGCGUGCCCCUUCAUUCCCCAUGGCUGACGACUACUCAGAGUCUUUUCAUGCCAAGAGAGACGUAUCUGUGUGGUGCAGCAACGACUACCUCGGCAUGAGCCGUCACCCAAAGGUCACCGAGGCUAUCAUGGUGACUUUACGGAAUCAUGGUGCUGGUGCAGGAGGCACACGAAACAUUUCGGGGACAAGCAAAUUCCAUGUGGACCUGGAAUAUGAGCUCGCUGACCUGCACAGCAAAGAUGCCGCACUGUUGUUCACUUCCUGCUUUGUGGCCAAUGACUCCACAUUAUUUACUUUGGCCAAAAUGCUUCCAGGUUGUGAAAUCUACUCUGACGCUGGCAACCAUGCGUCAAUGAUCCAGGGUAUACGGAACAGCAGAGUCAAGAAGUUUAUUUUCCGUCACAAUGACGUCAGCCACCUACAAGAGCUGCUUGAGAAGUCAGACCCCUCUACUCCAAAGAUUGUUGCCUUUGAGACAGUGCAUUCAAUGGAUGGGGCUGUGUGUCCACUAGAAGAGAUGUGUGAUAUUGCCCACAAGUUUGGUGCUAUUACCUUUGUGGAUGAAGUGCAUGCUGUGGGCUUGUAUGGGAUCAGAGGUGGAGGGAUCGGAGAAAGAGACAGAGUCAUGCAUAAGAUGGACAUCAUCUCUGGUACCCUAGGCAAGGCAUUUGGCUGCGUUGGUGGCUAUAUCGCCAGCACCAGCGCCCUCGUGGACACAAUACGCUCCUAUGCUGCAGGCUUCAUUUUCACCACUUCGUUGCCCCCUAUGCUUUUGGCUGGGGCAAAGGAGUCUAUCAAGAUCCUGAAAAGCAAAGAAGGCCAGAUGCUCAGGAGGAAACAUCAAAGGAGUGUCAAGUUGCUCCGACAGAUGCUGAUGGACUCGGGCCUCCCUGUGGUCCACUGCCCAAGCCACAUUAUUCCUGUCCGGGUGGCAGAUGCAGAGAAGAACAAUGAGAUCUGUGAUAUCAUGAUGUCUCGUUACAACAUCUACGUCCAGGCAAUCAACUACCCCACUGUGGCUAAAGGAGAGGAAAUGCUUCGCAUCGCUCCCACACCACACCACACUCCCCAGAUGAUGUCCUACUUUGUUGACCAGCUGGUGAAAACGUGGAAAGAGGUGGGCAUGGAGCUGCAGCCGCACUCCUCAGUAGAGUGUGACUUCUGCCAGCAGCCUCUUCACUUCGAGCUGAUGAGUGAGAGGGAGAAAUCCUACUUCACAGGCCUCAGUCACAUGAUAUCAGCUGUAGCUUGAUACACAUAAAAACACUAAAUUACGGCAAGUUCUAAUCACCAGUAUCCAAGCUAUUUAUUGUAUUUAAAUUUAACAUACCUCUACUCUUCACCAAUAAAUG